GCAUGGAGCUGCCUUUGGGGUCUGAGUUCGAGGAGUCGGUGUUUGAGGGGGGCGGCCGGGGGCAGAAGGGCCCCUCCUCGCUCCCCCCUGCCUACAGUGCCCGUUGCUGCGAGCCUCAGUGGUUUUGUGAGGAAACUGACUUUGAGGAUGAUGCUGAUAUUAUCAACAUUAAAAAAUUCAGAGGAGAUUUGGCAUAUAAUCAACAAGCGUUUAAGAAGGCUCUGUGUGAAUACUCCAGUUGUCUUGCAGUGCUGCCUUCCAGCAACACAGCCAUGAGAAGAGACAUACAAGAGAGUCAGGCUCGCUGUCUAGCUCGUCUGGGGCGACAUAAGGAAGCUUUGGAGAUCGCAGAGAUGCUGAGAAACGGAGCUACCAACACUGACCACAUAACAACUGUGCUGGGGCUGCAGUUGACCGUAUACCGCAUUGCAGACUGUACUGAGAAAAUGAUCGAGUGCUUGCAGCAACUAGUUUCAUUACACCCUUUCCAUCCUGGACACUGGAAGUUGCUGGCUGAGGCUUACCUGAACUUUUUGCCUUUUCCUCUUCCCUUAUUGGCCUCGGAAGCUGAUCUCCUGCAAAUCAACAGCUCGGCCAUUUUAUCAGCGCCCCUUGGAAACGGAGCGGGCUUUCAACAUUGCAGAAAACACACCUGGAGGGAGGAUUUCCAUUUGCCACUCCCCUCCAAAACCAACAGCAGCUUUGGGUCUGGCGAGGAAAGCCAAAGGGUAGAGGGACGCAUCAGUGACCUGGAAAAAUUGGAGCCACAGCCCACAGGGAAAAGUGUGACGUGUGGUACCAUUGGACAGGAAGACAUUUGGAUAUAUGCAUGUGCUUCAUUUGUUAGAGCAAGGCUCUUGCUUCAGCUCCUCCAGCUGCAUCAGUCUUCCUUUGCUUUAGAGAGUAACUUAAAAGCGCAGCGGGAAAUUGAAGAGAAAGUUGCCUCAUUCAGACUGAGGAGGGACGUCUUGUUCAUGGUGACUGAGGUUAUGGGAGAGGAUCUCACCCCUGAAAAAGUCAAGGAGGAUGUCCAGGGAGAGGUGAAAUGCAUAGGGGCUUCAGCUCUGGCUUCCCUAAUGAUUGCAUCAACGGCAGGCUUUGAAAGAAAGUGGUUCCAAAGGCUCAGAGACAACUUGUGCUGCUUGGACUGCUGCACGUGA